ACUUUCUGUUAUAGACAGAAAAUGGAGGAAUAAUGUGAUCUUCCCUAAACUAGUGCAGGCCUGACAGUACAUGAAGACAAAAUUGUUCGUUUUCUGUAGUUUAAUUCAUUUGCGCUUCAUUUGACGCGCGCUAUCGAGUGUCGAGCGCAGGCACGUUUGCGCAAACAGGUAGUCGACGCGUCAGUUUCUCUUCAUUCAACAUGUCAGAGGAAUUGCUCGCAGAACCAGGAUGGCUAUCCGAGGAAGUCAAAACCGGUACGACCAUCAUCGCUGUAACCUUUGACGGUGGUGUGGUCCUGGGGUCUGAUUCUCGUGUGUCUGCGGGGGAGUCUGUGGUGAAUCGUGUGAUGAACAAGCUCUCCCCCCUCCAUGACAAGAUCUACUGUGCUUUAUCUGGAUCAGCGGCAGAUGCUCAAACUAUUGCUGAAAUUGUAAACUACCAACUGGAUGUGCACAGUAUUGAAGUGGAAGAUGAACCAUUGGUAUGCUCCGCUGCCACAUUGGUGAAGAAUAUUUCAUACAAAUACAAAGAGGAACUAUCAGCACAUCUAAUAGUUGCAGGGUGGGACAGGAAAGAAGGUGGACAGGUGUAUGCAACACUAAGCGGUUUACUGACCAAGCAGCCUUUUGCUAUUGGUGGGUCUGGAAGCUUUUACAUUAAUGGGUUUGUGGAUGCAGAGUUCAGAAAAAACAUGACAAAGAAAGAAACCCAAGAGUUUGUAGUGAAUGCACUCACUCUGGCAAUGGGUCGGGAUGGUUCAAGCGGAGGCGUUGCGUAUGUUGUCACUAUUGAUAAAGAUGGAACAGAAGAGAAGUGUAUCUUAGGAAAUGAACUACCCAAGUUUUUUGAUCAGUAAAACAAAUGACUUUGGUCUUUAAGGACAAUAACCUACCACAUUGUGUAUCUAUUUGUUGUAACUUGCUUAUGGAGUAGAACAAAAUACACCACAUAAAAAAAUUA